AUGUCAGAAUUAGAGAACCUCUACUCCUCCCUUCUCGCCGGAGCCCGACAGUCGGUGGACCACAUUCUAUUCCUGCAACAGAUGCUGCAGGAGAUAGAGCUCGAAUCCACGCAUCGCACGCAGCGUCAUAUCCAGACCGAGCAAAAGCUUUGCGCGGUGCUGGCGGGGUGGUCAAAAAUCGACCAGCCGGAGGCUUUCCUCCAGCGGCUGGAAGAGGAAGCCCAGCAGCAAAGCGACGAGUCCGCGCCGCUGCAUGACGACCCGAUGCUCAUCUCGCGGGAACUGAUGCGGUUGAUCAAGGCUCGCGUUGAGGCAUGGCUAUGGGAGAGCUUGUGGCCUUUGGAUGCGAUGCUGCUGGUUGCUAAGUUGCACGACGGCCCUGAUCAUAAUGCCGGUGGCGGCGGUGGUGGUGAUGGUGAGCAGCGGGGAGCGGUAGAUGGCGUGGAAGGAGAUCGUCAUGUGGAAGCGCGUGAUGGUGAGGGGCAGUAG